AAAAACUCUUUCAAAUGAAACGAAAGUCAAAGAAUAACCUUUAUGCGCAUGCCACUAAACUUUUUACACCUGUACCAGAGUGGAGUACAUCAACAUGAAGAAUGCUAAGAGACCACACUCUGUUUGGAAAGUUUGUUGUGUGUGCUGAAUAAAGUGUAAAAUCAACAUGCCACUUUCACCCAAUAUGUUAUCGGAGAUGAAAGAACUUCCCACUGUCCAAAUAGGGGAUUAUAAUCUACAUCUAGAAUUGGACGAAUUAUCACCAGAAGUAAAAGAAAUAGCUAGGAAAGAAUUAAGAGAAACACCAGAUGUCUCAAGAGAUGCAGUUAUAGCAUUAAGAGAUCUACUUAAGGAGGAAAGGGAUUUACAUAUUCCAUUAGAAAGCGAUUAUUGGUUGAUAAGGUUUUUACGUCCAUGCAAAUUUUAUCCAGAGAGUGCCUUAGAUCUUAUCAAGAGAUAUUACAAAUUUAAAGUAAAACAUGCAGAUAUAUACAAUGGUUUAACACCCAGUAAGGAGAAAAACAUUUUUGAACAAAAUAUACUUACAGUUCAACCUAAUCGGGAUCAACUGGGGCGUAGAAUUUUAAUACUAGAAUUAGGAAAAAAAUGGAAAACCAACGAAGUCACUUUAGACGAAGUAUUCAAAGGUGCCGUUUUAUUCUUAGAGCUUGCCAUGCUAGAACCUGAAACACAAGUGUGUGGAGCCGUAGUUGUCUUUGACAUGGAUGGCUUGUCCUUAUCACAAACAACAAAAUUUACACCAAUGUUUGCCAAGAGAAUCGUUGACUGGUUACAAGAUAGUGUACCACUUAGAAUUAAAAAUAUUCAUAUCGUAAAUCAGCCCUAUAUAUUUAAAAUAGUUUUUAACUUAUUUAAACCUUUCCUGCGAGAGAAACUUAGAAACAGGAUUAUAUUCCACGGAAGUGAUCGUAAAUCUUUACAAGAGUACAUCAGUCCAAAAUGCUUACCAGAGUGUUAUGGAGGAACUUUGAACUUGCCACGAAUUAAUGGGCCUCAGUGGUUAGAACUAUUAUUACAAUGUGAUAAAGAAUAUGAAGCUAUCAACAGUUAUGGGUAUAAUAAGAAGAUAGAAAAAUAAAUUUCUGGAGGAAAGUUUUCAAGACGAAUUAUAAUUUUUUAAGGGGUGUUUUGUAAAAUAAUAAUUUAUAAAGAUUUUUGUGUUUUAGUUUAGAAUUUUGUGUGAAUAAUAUUUGAAUUAUUAUUGUUUCCUGUUAUUCUACUUAUUCGAAAAAUAUGUAUCUUUGUUUUAUAAUUUGGUGUCUUAAAAUUAUUCCGAUUAUUUUGGUGAAAAUAUAAAAAUACAUUAUUAAAUGUUUCAA